UUGGUACAAUCAACUGUGGUACAGGUCAACUGGUAAUGUUGUGAAGAAGUGGAAGGGGCAAUUUGACUGUGUUAUUUUAUGUAGAAGCAAGUCGGACGCCGGUUAGAUUAUACGCGUGUUGUAUUGCUAUUUUGUUCAUUAAUCUGGCGAGAUACAUUUCUGACGAUUGUGUACAAAAUACUGGGAAGUGGCUUGUCUGUUACAUAUUAGGAAUACUCAAAUACAAUGGAUUUUGAUAAUUGUCAAUCUGUUACUGAUGCAGACAAUGAAACUCUGUUGCCCCACAUUGUUGAAUCAGGUCCAGCAAGCCCACAAAAAUCUCCAAAAGACAGAUUGGUGGAUUUAUUAGAUCAAGUAGAAAUUCACGUGGAACGACUAAGAAGAGAUGCAUUGAAACUGGAAGAAGAAAAAGACACACUUCUGACAACCUUGGACACACUUCGGAAUUCGGAAAUGAUGGUAGAACUAAAUGAACGUGAACGUGAUGAUGUGCUCCACCAUACAGAGCACAUUGCUAACCGGUGUCUGACGGUAGAUAUCCUCGUUAAGACAACGCGUGAUCACACGCAAGAAGAUGCAUUACAUCAGGUGAACAGGUUUAUUGACGGUUUGGUGGUGAAUCUACAGAGUGACCCAUUUGGAACCAAAUCACGAUGUCUUGCCUUUAUGAAUGCCUGCUCCUCUCAUUCUCAUGGUGCGGCUGAUAAGAAUUUUGAGACUGCCAUUUUGGGAUGCACGUUAGACGAUCAGAAACGAGUGAAGAAACGGCUGCAGGGACUUCUGGAUUAUAUAGACCAAGCAGCACAUUUUGGUUAGGUAACAAGUACUUAAAUUCCUUUCUUCAUUUGAGCUUAAUGUGUUAACGUUUGAAGUUUCAUGUACACGCUCAUGAACAUUAGGUGUGUAUAUUGUUGGUGAAAUUUUUAUGUUAAUUUAAAAUUAUCAUAUUCCCUCCUUAAUGGAUGUACAACUUUAAGCUUACCCCCUCCCAAGCGCCUACAUGGCGUCUAGUGGGACAGCUUUACUUCAUGGUUUAAAACACCCCAUGUUACAUAAUAAAGUCAGUUCAUAAGAGAUAAUUAAUAAACAAUCCAUUGCUUUA